GUUAGUUCAAAGGCUCCUGGGAUAUUUUGGGGGAGGAAGCGGAAGGAAGCUGCGUAGUGCAGCUGGUGGCUGGAGGAAUGGAGGCUGCGGCUGAGCCCGGGAACCUGGCCGGCGUGCGACACAUCAUCCUUGUUCUCUCUGGAAAGGGGGGGGUUGGAAAAAGCACCAUCUCCACAGAGCUGGCCCUGGCCUUGCGCCACCAGGGCAAGAAGGUGGGGAUCCUGGAUGUGGACCUGUGUGGCCCCAGCAUCCCACGAAUGCUCGGUUCCCAGGGCAAGGCUGUGCACCAGUGUGACCAGGGCUGGGUGCCUGUUUUUGUGGAUCAGGAGCAGAGCAUCUCCCUCAUGUCUGUGGGCUUCCUGCUAGAAAACCCCGAUGAGGCUGUGGUGUGGAAAGGUCCCAAAAAGAAUGCACUGAUAAAACAGUUUGUGUCUGAUGUGGCCUGGGGGCAGCUCGACUUUCUGGUUGUUGACACACCCCCAGGGACUUCUGAUGAGCACAUGGCCACUAUGGAAGCCCUGCGUCCCUACAGGCCCCUGGGGGCCCUUGUGAUCACCACACCACAGGCGGUGUCUGUAGGGGAUGUGAGGCGGGAGCUGACGUUUUGUAGGAAGACUGGGUUGCAAGUAAUAGGGGUCGUGGAGAACAUGAGUGGCUUCGUCUGCCCACAUUGUGCUGAGUGCACCAAUGUCUUCUCCAGGGGCGGUGGAGAGGAGCUGGCCCAGCUGGCUGGAGUCCCCUUUUUAGGCUCUGUUCCCUUGGACCCUGAGCUUACCAGGAGCCUGGAGGAGGGCCGUGACUUCAUGCAAGAGUUCCCCAAGAGUUCUGCAUUCCCUGCACUCACCUCCAUAGCCCAGAAAGUUUUGAAUGGGAUACCUGCUCUGUUUUCCUGACAGGCAGCCCCACAACUGUGUCCUGGUGCUGCUCUGGGCUCUGGUCACAGCCUAUGAGAACUUGGGGAACAGAGGUCCACUGGACUGGUCCUGGGACCUGAGUGGCUAGCCUGGGCAAUGGCUGGUCUUAGUAGCUGCUUCUAUGCAGAGAUCUCCCUGUGUGGGCCCUAGUAGCAUUUUCUAGUAGUGUUUAAGAAGAAUUUGCCAACAGCAGCUCCACCAGGCCAGCAUGUGGCUAAGGGGAUGAUUUGGAUCCUUGUGUCUUAAGUUAGCAGCCUUACCACCAGCCCAUGGGCUUUGUCCAGUCCUGGUCACCUCUGUGCCCCAAAUGGACAGGCUGCCCUGACAGCCACACUGUGCAUGAGCUCACCAGUACUUUGGCAUCCUGGGUGACCCUGUGUCCCCAGAACCCUGAGAGCCUAUGAGUGCUCUGCCAUCAAGUAUCUUGUGAGGCACUGUAUGGUUCACAGGUACAUCUGGUAACUUUACAGGAAUCUGCCAUUAAAUGUGUCACACAGCUUU